AUGGCCGUUAAGCCAGAGUCCCAAGAAUAUUUGGUCAUCUCAACACAUAAAGGAUAUUUUCGAUACCGAAGGAUGUCAUUUGCGUGCGCACCAACUAUUUUCCAGCGUUACAUGGACAAUGUUUUCAAAGAUUGCCCGAUGACUGGAGUGUAUUUGGACGAUGUAAUUAUCUCCGGCAAAAAUGACGCCGGUACAUCCAAGAAAGGGAAAGUUAAAGCAAUCCAGGCCGCACCUAACCCCAAGAAUGUUCAUCAGUUACGUCCAUUUAUUGGGCUUGUCACGUAUCAUGAACGGUUCAUUCCCAAUCUUCAUAGAGAAGCAGCUGUGUUACAUCGAUUGACUAGUGUAAAAGUACCAUGGUGUUGGACUAAUGUAGAGCAGGAGGCUUUCGAUAAAGUUAAGACAUUGUUAUCAGCAGAAGAAACCUUAAUGCUGUAUAAUGCUAAAUUACCGUUGAUUAUGGAGUGUGACGCGUCAGAUACAGGACUGGAUGCUGUUUUACUUCAUAAGGUUUCACAAACCGGGGAAAAACCCAUAGCUGCGUCUCGGACGUUGUUACAGUCGGAGAAACAUUAUGCGUCUAUCGAUAAAGAAGCGAGAGUAUUGUUAUUUGGAAUAGAAAAAUUCCACAACUUUAUCUACGGUCGAGAAUUUAUACUUCGGACAGACCAUAAACCCUUGGAACGGUUGUUCGGGGAAAAAAGGAAUCUGCCAAAGAUAUCGAACAAUCGUCUGACACGUUGGGCCUGGAAGAUGACCGCUUACGACUUUAGCGUGGAAUAUAGAUCUGGUCGUGAGAAUGUUAUAGCAGACGCCUUAUCUAGGCUACCGCUCCACGAUAUCAUACCUAAUCGGGAUACCAAGCAUGCAUUGGCGUUUCGGAACAUAAACUUAGAGGAUAUGCAGGUCUCAGAGGGAAACCUGCGCAAGAAUUCAAUUAAAGAUCCAAUACUAAAGCGAGUGGCACAACAUAUUGAGCAAGGGUGGAGAGGCUUUAAUCGGAAAGAAGAACCGGAGCUAGUAAUCUUUCACACCCAACGAGAGGAAUUAACAGUAAAUAGGGGAAUAGUUGAACGAAAUGGUAGAUUGAUAAUCCCUACGGAACUUAGGAAUUCAGUGUUGGAAACACUACAUCGGGGAUAUUCAGGAAUGAACGCGAUGAAAUCUAUUUUUCGGUUGUAUUCUUGGUGGCCGAAAUGCGAAGAUGACAUAGAACGAAAACAACAUUUGCCACAUUCGCACCACCCGAAGACAAAUGAGCAGGCGGAACGAACCAUUCGAACCUUAAAAGGAAGGUAUUAUGCCAGUCGAGAAUUAAUUAAUGACCCGCUAGAGGCGAUGACUCAAACGAUAGUAGCGUAUAGGCUGGGAGAACAUAGUUCGACGGGUAGGUCACCAGCGAAGAUUAUGUUCGGUCGUCAAAUAAGAACUAAUCUAGACUGGGCUAGACCAGAGGUGGGAAAGGAGAUUGAUAAAGCCAAUGAUAAACAAAAUCAAGAACGUGAUACACAUUCCAAUUUUAGGGAAUUUGACGUUGGUCAGCAUGUGUGGAAUUAUUUGAUGCAAUAUAAUUAUUUGCCACAUCCACAUACUCAAUCCGGUAAUCGAUAUCGAGAUUCAAAUAUGAUGUUAGAUCAGAGGCUUGAAUCCUUUACGGAUAUAGAUAAGACAUCUGUAUUCCAAGCCAUUAAAUUGUUUCAAAGUUUUGCCGGUAUCAAUAUUACAGGCUUUUUGGAUAGGGAUACUAUAGAGGCAAUGUCUUGGCGCAGAUGCGGAGUUAAAGAUAUUCCAGAUGAUGAAGAGGAUUUAACAAAUUUCAAUAAAGAUAUUAGAUCGACAUCCUAUCCCAAAAUUCAUAGAAGAAGGUCUAAGCGCUAUGUUUUACAAGGUAGCAAAUGGAGAAAACAUACCUUAUCGUUUAGGGUGGAUAAUUACACAUCAGAUAUGGCGAAGUCGGUUAUCGAUGAACAAAUCAAAAAGGCUUUACAUGUAUGGAUGCAACAUGCAGACAUAAAUUUGUACCAAACUAAAGGAAAGGCCGAUAUAACAAUCAGUUUUGAGAAGGGCAAUCAUGGGGAUGGGGAAGAUUUUGAUGGUAUUGGAAAGGUGUUAGCCCAUGCCUUUUUCCCUCAAUACGGAGGAGAUGCCCAUUUCGACGAUGAUGAAACCUGGACUACUUCCCCUUAUCGAGGUUCAAAUCUAUAUCAAGUCGCUGCUCAUGAAUUCGGCCACUCUCUUGGAUUGUCUCAUUCAAAUAGAAGAACAGCAUUAAUGGCCCCAUUUUAUAAAACAUUUAUGGGUACAAUAGAAUUAGACGCCGAUGACAAAAUUGGCAUACAAAAAUUGUACGGUCCACCUAAAAAAUUAGUUAAACCACCUCACAAGAAUCGUGAUAUAACUUAUCGAACCACAACCCCCACUAGUUAUGCAGUAAAUCAAGAUACAGACACCAUAAAGCCCAAUAACCCAUUCGGAUUUGAUUUUGACAUAUUCAAAAUGUUCGGUCAUAGAAGGACUUACUAUCCUGAAGAGAAGAAAAUAUUUACUACUCCUGAACCUAUUCCAAGUUAUGACGCCUCAGAAGAAAAGAAUAUCUGUAAAAUACCUAGGAUCGAUGCUAUAACUGUCAACGCUAACAAAGAAACAAUUGUAUUUAGAGGGAAGUAUUAUUGGGAACUGAAUGAUCAAGGCGUAAAAAGUGGAUUUCCCCAUUUGAUCAUAAAUGAUUGGCCUGGCAUUACUGGUGAUAUCAAUGCCGCUUUAUCCUGGGGUUCUAAAAGCAACAAGACCUUUUUAUUUAAAGGCAAAAAAUAUUGGCGAUUUUCGGCAAAUAAAAUGUUGGAUAUUGGCUAUCCCAAAAUUAUUAAUAAAGGCUUCCCCGGGUUGCCAGAUGAUUUAGAUGCAGCUUUUGUUUGGUCCGGAAACGGAAUGACAUAUUUUAUUAAAGGUAAUCAAUAUUGGAGGUAUGCCGGCACUUCUUUUGACAGAGUUGAUAAUGGGUACCCAAAACAAUUGUUUAUUUGGGAAGGUUUACCCGUAAAAAUUGACGAUGCCAUGCGCUGGAAAAAUGGGAAAACUUACUUUUUUUCGGGCCAUGAUUAUUAUCGAUUUAACGACGAACAAUUUAAAAUAGAUAAAACUUUUCCCAGAAGCGCACCUUUAUGGUGGUUUGGUUGCUUCUCUGAUCAACAUAAUUAUCAUACUAGUCAUUACGAUGGUUUGAUCGCAGCCCCCGGUGAUUUAAACCAACUGUCAUCAAAUAUAUUCCAUGACUACCCAAAUAAAAAUAAAGGAAUGAAAGUAAGAACGGGGAGAAAUUAUAGAAUUGUUGACCCCGAUACAGAUAGUGAAGGUUUUUAUAAUUCAUUAAACUCUUAUGAUAACGAUCAAGCUAUUGGCAAUCAAGUCGACAAGGAAAAUUCAAACGAAAGCCACUCUUCAAAUUCGCAUGAUACUUGGGUUUUAGUCCAGAAAGAGAACAACAUAGAUAAUUUUACCAACGAUAUAUAUAAAUCGCUUUCUCAAAAAAAAUUCAAAAAAAAGAAACCCCAAAAGAAAAAUUCCAAAUUAAGUGAUGUACCGGAGACAAAAGAUGUAAGAAUGCCUGAGAAAUCAAAGAACUAUUAUAACAUUAAAGAGAUCGUAAAUUUGAAAAAAUCGCCUAAUUUCGUUCGUUCCAAUGCUGACAACAAAAUUUUGAUACCCAAAAAUAUUUUAUAUUCCAUGUUUAUAGUGGUUUUAUAUUUAAUUCGAUCUCCUUUAUAUUUGUAA